AUGUCGGGCGACGUCGCUAGCGCUUCACGUCAUCCGGAAAUCCUUUGGGCACAGCGAUCCAACUGCGUCUAUCUGACAAUUGCUCUUUCUGAUGUUAAGGAUGAGGCGAUCGAUAUUAAACCCGGAUCUUUCCACUUUAAGGGGAGGGUAGACGCUCCAACGCCCACGAAUUACGAGCUCACGUUUGACUUUUACUCUGAAGUUGAUCCUAGUAAGGCGGUUAGGCAAAUUGGUGACCGCGUUAUAACAUAUUGCGUUGAGAAGAAGGAGUCUAGCGUGUGGCCUCGGCUCCUUAAGGACUCAUCAAAGCAACCUUGGUUAAAAACGGAUUUUAGCAGAUGGAAGGACUUGGACGAAUCGGAUUCGGAUGGUGAGGGUGGAUUUGGUGGUUUUGGUGGAUCCGGUGGAAACUUCCAAGAUAUGCUCUCAAUGAUGGGUAACAAGGAUUUGGGGGACGAGGAUGAUGAGGAGGAUUCGGAUGAUGAUGGUAGAAAUUCCUCAUUUGGACUAACCCACACUUUAGAACUUCCGGAUCUCGAAGACCCCGCGAAGUCGAAGGCCGAGGAGGUGAAUUCGUAA